AUGGAGAAUCCCCAUGCAGAACGGCAGAACGUGCUACUGCAGCGCAUCACAAAGAAUGCGGAUAAAUGUACUGAGACUAUUGUGGAGCUCAAUCAUUGCCUGGAGGAAAUAAUCCGUGCCAACGCUCAUGUGCAGAUCGCAGCGGAUCUUGUCACCAAAUAUCGGAAGAAUGUUCAAUAUAACCUAAAGGCAACGCGUGAGAGCGAAGCUACCUGA